AUGCACAAAUUUAGUCUGAGCUUUCCUGUAGGCUCGACUGAUAGCUUUGGAGUUGUGCUUCUUGAGCUUUUGAGUGGAAAGAAAGCAAUAAUGGAGUUUAAGGAUGGGCAGCCAACGCUUGUGACUGAUUGGGCCUGGUCAUUGGUUAGGGAAGGCAGAGCAUUAGAUGUUCUUGAAGACAGCAUUCCACAUUUGGGACCUCCAGAAGUUAUGGAGAAGUAUGUACUGGUAGCUGUUCUUUGUUCCCAUCCAGAAUUCACUAUUUAUCAUCAAUUUUUGUCUUUCCCAACUUUAAGCAAAAUGCUGAAGUGUUUUUAUAUACUCAAAGAUAAAUCGAGGUCUCGUAGGAGAGGGGAAUUAGCACCAGAAUUGAGUAAUGAAAGUAGGAAAAAUGGUAAUUCAGAAGGAAAUAGGGUAACUAGGUCAACAGGUUCAGUUUCAUCUCCUCGAAGUAUACCGGAAAUGUAUAGAGAAAGAGAACAAAAUUUGAGGGUUUUUACUCUCUCUGAGCUUAAGGAGGCUACAAGGAAUUUCAAUAGAUUGUUAAAGAUUGGGGAAGGUGGUUUUGGGAGUGUGUAUAAAGGUUCAAUUCAGCCUUCUAAUGGAAAGGGUGAUCCUAUUGUGGUUGCAGGGUCACCGACAAUGGAUUGCAGAAGUUCAAUUCCUCGAACUCUUGGACUUUUUCUUUCAUUUCCUUUCUUAAUGAAUACUUUUUGGUUAAAACUGAAGGUGAUAUAUCGAGAUUUCAAGUCAUCAAAUGUGCUACUGGAUGAGAAUUUUUGUGCAAGGCUUUCAGAUUUUGGGCUUGCAAGGGAAGGGCCAGCUGGUGACCGCUCUCAUGUGUCUACAGCGCCGGUGGGGACUUUAGGAUAUGCUGCCCCUGAAUAUGUGGAAACUGGACAUCUAUCAGUUAAGAGUGAUGUAUGGAGCUUUGGAGUUGUCCUCUAUGAGAUCCUCUCAGGCAGGCGAACUUUGGAAAGGAGCCGUCCUGUGAACGAGCAGAAACUUCUUGAUUGGGUAAAACAAUUUCCUGCUGAUAGUAGAAGAUUUAGCAUGAUAAUUGACUCGAGGCUUCGAAACGACUUCUCAAUUAUUGCUGCUAAGAGAAUUGCUAAACUGGCUGAUAGCUGCUUAAACAAGAACGCCAAAGAGCGACCAAAAAUGAGCGAAGUGGUUGAGAUACUGACACAGGCAGUACAAGAAUCACAAGGAACAACUUCUACUGAAGCUACUGGUGCAGGUCCAUCUAGGCCUACACAGCUUCCCUUACCUAACCAACUCAAAAAGAAGACCAUCUCCGAAACUGCACGACCAAUGAUCCCCUUAGCUCAGGCUUGAAGACUCCACAUAUCGCGGGAUCAAACUUAUUUCAUCCUCAAAAUUGAGACCCUUAUGCACGAAACGAGUGUCUAUAUACGUAUAUAUAUAUAUAUUAAGUAAUAUUCUUUGGCAAAAGUGUGUUCUUUUUGAUUAAGUAUGUUUACACUAGGGAGAGUAUGGCAAAAGGAGGGAAGUUUUCUUUUUGUAUUAUAAGUGAUGCAAGUACUUGUAGUGUUUAUGUAAAUAAAUCCAUUUGUUUUCCAAGUUAUCAAAAAACAAAUUUUUGUGACUCCU